GUCUCAUUUUGGCAGCUCGUCACAUUCGGCAGUGGGGUGCGCGCGACCAUGGCACGGAGCCGUUCAUUCGCUCCGUGGCCGCGUAGCCGUGAACUUGGCUUCCUGGCCCUGGGCUUAUCGGCGGCGCCGGCGGCCUAUAAUAGCCGGGCUGGCGACUCCCCCCGGUCCCAGAGCCGCCCGAGCCUCCGCCGCCAUGCUCCGUGCCUUGUGUUGCCUCGCCGUCAUCGCCGCAGCCUCCGCCUGCAAGCCCUGCACGUGCGGGGUGGCACGUGGUGCGCGCGUCAUCGGAGGCGGGCCCGCGGCGCCGGGAGAGUUCCCGUGGCUGGCCGCGCUGCGCAAGGACGGCAAGUUCAUCUGCGGAGCCACCGUCGUCGCCGUGGACCACCUGUUGACCGCCUCGCACUGUGUGCAGGGGGUUGAAGCGUCCCGGCUAAACGUGCUUGUGGGAGAGUACGACGUAAACGAGUCGCAGUCGGAAGGUUUCCGCGUGGCGCACGUACUCCAACACCCCGACUUCAACGGCUACACCUACGACAACGACAUCGCCGUGCUGCGCCUGGCCGACCCACUUCCGGACCACCUCUUCCGACCAGUCUGCUUGCCCGAAGACGGAGAUAUCCUCAUUGGCGCCGAUGCCGUCGUAUCUGGAUGGGGCAGCACCGAAGAAAAAGGGCCUACAUCUAACAUACCCAUGAAAGUGGAAGUAAAGAUCUGGGAACAAGAAGAAUGCUCGACAGCAGGGUACGGUCGGCGUAAGGUGACUCCGCGCAUGCUGUGCGCCAACGCGCCCGAGCGGGACUCGUGCACCGGCGACUCGGGCGGGCCGCUCGUGCUGCCGCGCCCGCACCACACCCUAGUCGGCAUAGUAUCGUGGGGGCGCGGCUGCGCGCGGCCGGGGUACCCCGGCGUGUACACGCGCGUCACCCGCUUCCUGCCGUGGCUGAAGGUCGCGCUGCGCCACGCCUGCUCCUGCUCGCCGCCACACUACUGAACCCAGUGAACCCAUCAGCGUUUGCGCAACAGACAUCAUUUCAAGGGCGGCAGCCCUAGAACUGUGCAACUACUGGACGCUAAAAUAUACCUGUGACCAUUGAGCAUUGGUCACUGAAUAGUUUAGUUAAUGUAAGGGUGUCAUUUUGAGGCUCACUGAAAGAUACGGCUGAUGCUCACGACUAGAAUACCUAGGCGUAUUAUUAAACAACACACUAAUCUGACCAUCAGUAUCUACCUAGACCUCAUCUCGUUGCUGUAGGUAUCUAUGGUUUAUGACACAGUUUGUGCUACAGCCCAAAUUGAGCCGUACAAUCCUCAUUUCAUUGACCAAUGGGAUUACUGAAUUUAAAUCCCUACGUUUGCAGCGAUAGGCUAAAUGCGAUGGCCAACUAUAGUGUAUACAACAUUAUUUGCGGUAUUUGACGUCUGUCACUCACAACAGCAAUACUACGUAAAAUGUCUUGCACAUCGAAAUCACAAAGCAAAACAACUGCCGGCCUAGCCAAGGUUACAAUCGCUAUCGCUUCGACAACGAAACGCUUUGUGUCUCUCUAUCACUCUUCCAUAUUAGUGCGACAGUGACAGUUGCGUUUCGAUCGCUACGGAGCGUAAGCGAUUGGCAUUUUGGCUACGCGGCCUGCACUGCAAACGUUUACGUUCUACGUCUUUUUUUUUAAUUUUAGGGUUGGCCGGUCACCAUCGUUAUGAAUCGGUAGUCGUCUAAGUAAAUCGAUAUGAAUUUUUCAUUUUUCUUUUAAUAAAAGUAAGGAAAAGGUGGAUAAUUAACUGUAAGUAUGGAUAUAUUUAUCGUCACCUAACAGACAACAAAUUUCACACAGAAAUAACAUAAAUAAACUUUAAAAUAGAUCCCCAUUUAGUUUAGAUUUUGACGAUGGGUGCGACCUACUCGGUCGGUGUAUCAAAUGCAUUUACCUUGCGGGAAAACCAUAUAAUUCUAGCUUUAUUUAAAUCACAAAUAAAAAUUCAUUAUACGUCACAAUUCGAUACCUCAGUCUACGUGCCAUCCAAUCGUAAUCGCUUGCUGUGACAAUCGAUUUGGGUUAGUUACAUCUCUAUAUACGUCAGUCACAAUGUGUCAAAUAACGCAAAUAAUAUUG